AUGCCAGCACAAUUAGCUCCUAAUUUUACCUUCGCAUACAAUGUGGACAGGGGCAUUCUCGCGGAUGUCUAUUUGCCCUCUACCCCACACGUAUUAGGGGUUCCUAUUGUCGUGUACUGGCAUGGCGGAGGAAAAUUGCUCCCUCCUAGCACCGGGCAUGAGAUUCUGCAGGAUGUAAUUGACCUUGUAGCAUGGGUCGCUUCCUCAGACGGCUUGAACGCUUCACUUCGUCAGCUAGAUGAUAAGUACAUCAUCGAUCCAAAGCGCAUAGUUGUAUCCGGGACUUCGGCAGGAGGCUAUCUGGCAUAUCUCGCCGCCAUUCAUGCGCGACUGGAGCACCCCUUGUGCGGUUUACUCUCGAUGUAUGGGAUGGGAGGUGAUUUCUUGACGUCACACUAUCUCCAACGCAAGACCGAACCUUUCUUUCGUGGAAGGCCGCUGCUUGACCCUGCUCAAUUUGACGCUUUACUCAGUAUUGCGCAUCCGCCUCCAGUAACCAACGGAAGCGUGCUGGAAUACGGACGAAACGGCAUCCCAAGUUCACCACGUAUGUUUAUUACCAGAGUGUUGCUCCAAGAGGGAACAUUUCUCGAUUAUCUGACUGGAGAGCAUGGACUUUCGGAACGCCUUCGAGUACUUGACCGACCGAUAAUCAACGAUGUGCCCCAACAACACCAGGGUUUAUUUCCGGAGGCUGGCCUGAACUCAAGUUUCCCCCCAACCUGUCUCGCUCAUGGGACAGAGGAUUCAGCGGUUCUGAUCGGCGAAAGCAGAGCAAUGAGGGAUCGUCUUCAUAACCUCAACGUAUCAUGCAAACUGUUUGAAGUCAAAGGGGCAGAACAUUCAUUCGAUUACCAAGAUGGACACGAAGAGCUGCUCGAACAGGUGUUCCAGGUGUUAUCGAGAUGGUUGGAGCAAAGAAAUUAA